AUGCUUUUUGAAAAACAACUUGAAAUAAGAAAGAAAGAAAUAAUAGAACGCAGAAAAGUUUUGUCUGCUAUUAUUGAUGUAAUCAAGUUGAUUGGGAAGCAGGGUCUUGCAAUUCGAGGGACAGAAGAAGGUGCUUAUAGCCUUGAUGAUACUUCUAUCAAUCAUGGAAACUUUUUGGAAAUUUUGCUCUUGCUCUCUAAUUAUGAUGAGACUUUAGGCAAACAUGUGAAGAGUGUGACUGAAAAGAGUAAAUAUGCACUUGAAGAAAGAGGAAAAUCUGGAAAAAGGGGCAGAGGCAAUCAGAUCACAUUUCUUAGUAAAACAACUGUUACAAAAAUAAUAAACAUUAUGAAACUUACAAUCCAAACUGAAAUUGCAAACGAAGUAAAGCAAGCAAAACUGUUUUCUGUAUUAAUGGAUACAACCAUGGAUGUGUCGAGUUACGACCAAUGCGUUAUAGUACUUAGGUAUCUGUUAGAAAGAGAAGUGAAGGAGAGAGUCAUAGGAUUGAAGUGUGUUCAGUCCACUACAGGGGAAUCUUUGUUCAACACAUUGCUCAAAAUUUUGAGUACUACAGGACUUGCAGUAGAAAACUGUGUAGCAAAUACAUUUGAUGGUGCUUCAAACAUGAGCGGCGAGUAUAACGGGGUCUCAUCCAGACUCAUGAAUAUAAUACCAAAUCAUCUUCAUACUUGGUGCUAUGCGCAUGUAUUGAACCUCGUAAUAUCAGAUACUGCUCAGUGUUUACCAGCAACUUUAUCAUUGUUUGGAUUACUGCAACAGACACAGGUGUUUCUUAAGGAUUCACACAAAAGAUUAUCAGUGUAUUUACACCAGAACCGAAGAGUACGUCUAGCAGCCAUUGGAGCAACUAGGUGGAGAUCAAGAAGCGAUGCAACAACCAAAAUGUUUGGUCGUUUUCAUUAUUGGUUUGACAGUGAAGUCACAGGUAAGACAUCACAAUCAGAAACAGUGUUUGUGUCAUUAGUUAUGACACUUUGUAUAAUUGGAAAUUCCAAAGAGUUCAAUCCAAAAGUACGCAAUGAGGCUAAUAAUACACUUCUCCAGAAGUUUAUGUCAUUUGAAACUAUAAUGGUGGCUAUGAUGUUUCUGUUAAUAUUUAAAAUUACAACGCUUCUGUCAGACUACCUACAAACCAAGAAUCUGGACUAUGCCCAAGCGUGGAGACUUGUUUCUGUUGCACAAAACGAAUUGAGGGAUGCCAGAGAUAAAUUCGAUCAAGUGGUUAAUGCAUCAAAAAGAUUUGCAUCUGUUAUGUCAAACAAGUUAAAUGAAAAGAUAGAAGAAGAUUCUUCUCUGGAAAUGGAAAGCCUUUGCAUUGACCCAGAACUGCCAUGUUUGCCACCAAAUGCCUUGGACAAAAUAUGCGAUUUAGUGCCUACUAUUGACAGAGACAAGCUAACUGAAGAGUUACAAUCUUUUGUACAAAAUUGGUCACAAAUGUCCUCAACAUUGAGGGAAGAAUAUACUAAGGAUAUAGAUAUGGAUUCAAAAAGUGAAAUAUUUGAGGAAGCUGAAGAAAAUGAAAAAGUAACACAUCGAGUGCAAGAACCUUGUAAGAUGUGCAUAAACUGUGUAUAUAACGUGAUCUGUGACUACAACAUGUAUUGUCUCCUGUACACAGAACUCAGUAAAGUUUAUAGAUAUCUGCUUACAAUACCUCUAACUCAAGUGAUGUCGCCAGUACCAUCGUCAAUGUUAAUUGAGUAA